AUGAUAAUGUUGUAUACUAUCACAGAAGCCUAUAGUAAAGUUGGAAAUAAGAAUUGUGAAGAUGAUGAUGCCUACGAUCGUUUUAGUCGACGAUGGACAAUACUCUUAUUAGCUGUUUGUAUUAUAGCUGUAUCAGCAAAACAAUUUGUUGGUGAUCCAAUCAAAUGUCUUACACCAACUUAUUUCGAAGGUGAACAUUCGACCUAUGCUCAGAACUAUUGUUGGAUUACAGCAGUCUAUCGAAUAGAUGAACAUCAAACGUUGACACCAACAGAGAAAAAACAAUAUUAUACGAACUAUUAUAUAUGGGUACCAUUUAUUUUAGUUGGAGCAUGUUUACUCACAUAUUUACCCUCAUUAAUAUGGGAAAGUAUUGGACAUAAAGCCACUGUAGACAUUCCAGCAUUGUCCAAUUUUCUUGUUAAUAAAAAACAUACAAUUGCAUCGGAUGAUUAUGAUAAAACAUUGAAAGCAAUAUCUCAACAUUAUAGUCGUUCAUUAAGUAUAUUAAAGGCAGAUAAAAAUUGUAUUUUAAAACUAAAUCGACUAAUCAUUAAAAUUAGUCUAUUUUUUAUUGGUGGUGGUCCUUUAACAGCUGCUUAUUUUCUUGUUAAAAUACUUUAUCUUAUAAAUGCUUGUGGUCAACUCUAUUUAAUGCAUCUAUUUCUUGAAGUUAAUUUCAUUGAAUAUGGUAAAAGAAUUUUUCAAGGACUUGUAAAAGGCGGUGAUUGGGAAUCAACUGUACGAUUUCCAAGAUAUGGAUUUUGUGAUUAUACGUUUCGAGCAUUGGGUGACAAUAAUAUCAAUCAUACUACCCAAUGUACAUUGCCAGUUAAUUUAUAUAACGAACGUAUAUUUGCUUUCUAUUGGUGUUGGUUAAUAUUAAUUGGUAUCAUUACAGUAAUUGGUAUCAUUCAAUUUUUAAUCGGUAUGUCGUAUUAUAGUCGACGUUCAUUUAUUAAACAACAUUUACGUCGUAUGGAAACGGUACAAACAAAAAUGACAUCAAAAGAAAUAUGGGUGUUUAAUGAAUUUUGUGAAGAAUAUUUGGGUGGUGAUGGUAUUUUAUUUUUAAGAAUUAUUCAUAAAAAUAUGAAUUCAGUAUUUGUUGGUGAUUUAUUACAACAAAUGUGGAAAGAUUUUUAUAUAACAAAAAAAGACUAA